AUGACAGGCCUCUCUUCAUUGGAACAAUUGGACUGUCUGCCCGCUCUCGCGGCGCUCAUUGGCACCGUUCUCUGGGCCUUGCUGACCAGUCGCUGGCGAACUCAUCAUUAUCCUUCGACUCUAUUGUUACAUGUGGGCUAUGCAGCCAUGCGCAAGGCCACUGCACGCUUUUCAGUGGCCCAACUGCAAUAUCUGCUUCCUACUACCGAUACCGUCUAUAAGCGAUUCAUGCGUCGCCAUCAUCUACCCUCGAAAACAGUGGACCUUGGUGAAGGUGCUCUAGGCCACUGGCUGGGGGAUCAUGAACAUGCUGAGUAUGUGCUGAUAUGGUAUCACGGAGGCGGUUUCGUCCUUCCCGCCAACGACGGCUAUUUCCAUUUCUUCACCCAACUACUCACCGAUACUCAAUCCUGGCCUAAGCCAAGAUCACUGGCAAUCUUCACCCUUACCUAUACUCUUGCUCCGCAGGCCACUUAUCCCACUCAAAUCCGCCAAGCCCUUUCAGCACUAAAGUACGUGGUCAAAGAGACCAACCGUUCGCCUUCGCAGAUACUCCUCGGCGGUGACUCCGCCGGUGGAAAUCUCGUCGGGGCCGUCCUUGCGCACCUCGUCCACCCCCAUCCAGCUCUCCCGCCGCUGUCUCUAUCUCCUGAUAGUGUCAGCCCCAAUCUCCGCGGCGCUAUCAUGAUUUCCCCAUGGACAAGUCUGAAUCAGUCCAUUCUACCUGAGGAAAUUGCUGCCUCUAUCGGAGCGGUCGAGUCAGAGAUCGACUCCCGCGGAGAUAUCAUCACCCCGGCGGUCGGCGGACCGUGGGCGGCGGCGUAUAUGGGUGCUGGCAAACAUGACUAUUACACGGAUCUAUCGAUGGCGGCGGCAAAUUGGCUCGCGCCGUUUCCUGUAGAAAAGGUUUGGGUCUGUGCCGGGGGAAAGGAGAUAAUAUUGCCGUUCAUCACUGCAUUCGCCAAGAGACUGCAAGAGGCGUUAGGGGCGGAGAAGGUGGAGUUGUGCGUGGGUGAGGGCGAAGGGCAUGUUGCGCCGAUUUAUAAUCUAGCGCUGGGUGAUUGGGGGCAGACAAAGCAGGGAAUGGGAGUGAAAGGGUGGCUAGCAGAGGUGCUAUGA